UUGCUAAGAAUUUUUAAUCUCUAUUAGUAGUAUAUUGGUUUAUAGAAAUGGAAGACCAGUUUCUCUGCAGAGUAAAUAGUUCUCGUUAGUAUGCACACAGAGUUUGUAUUGACAAGUUGUAUCUGUUCAUAACUUGAGUUUGCAGCCAAAUUUGAGUACGUGUAUGUGCAUCACAUGACUGUGUAUUCGUUAGUAAAUUGUAAUUGAAUUGCUCGUGAUGGCCCGUAUUGUUCGUGUACCCCCUUCCGUUAACCUGAUGGUGGAAGAUAUACUUUUUUUGUUGCGUAUUCAACAAAUCAUCAUUCUGUACUUAUACUUGAAAAGAACAAGGCGUUUUACACGUCGUGUAAGAAAUCACCAAGUUAGGUAUUCACUAAUUGAGCGAAUCCCUCCACAAGUGAGGCAUAUGAACAGGCUCACUGCAGUUAGUGAUGUCGACUGUUUUUCGAACCUCCGUAUGGAUAGGAAUGCAUUUGGACGAUUGUGUAUUCUUUUAAGAGACCGUGGUGGACUACGGAAUGGUCGAUUUGUGUUACUAGAGGAGCAAGUAGCAAUUUUCCUAGGCAUUUUAGCCCAUCAUAAGAAAAAUAGACCUUCUGGAUUUGAAUUUCGUCGUUCGGGUGAAACCAUUUCUCACUAUGUGCAUCUUGUACUUAAAGCGGUACUCAAGUUGCAUACAAUUUUAUUGCCUCGGCCUGAUCCGGUGACAAACAAUUGUGUUGAUCCACGAUGGCAACACUUCAAGGGUUGUAUUGGCGCUUUGGACGGCACUUACAUAAAUGUGCUCGUAAGGACCUUAGACAAGCCACGAUAUCGCACGCGAAAGGGCCAAAUCGCGACCAAUACUCUUGCUGCGUGUGACCGCAAUAUGAAGUUCUUAUACUUUUUACCCGGGUGGGAGGGAUCGGCGGGUGACUCUCGAGUGCUUAGGGAUGCUGUCACUAGAGAAGGUGGAUUGAGAGUAAACAAAGGAACUUAUUAUCUAUGUGAUAAUGGAUACGCAAACAGUGAAGGAUUCCUUACUCCGUAUAAAAACGUGCGCUAUCAUUUGAAGGAAUGGGGAGUCGGGACCCAGCGUCCGCAAAAUGCACGAGAAUUGUUUAAUCUAAGGCAUACUAGAGCUCGUAACAUAAUUGAGAGGGCCUUUGCAGUGCUAAAGAUGAGAUGGGGUAUCUUACGGAGUGCUACUUUCUAUCCGAUUAAGAUCCAGAUCCGGUUAAUCAUGGCAUGCUUCCUGCUACACAAUUUCGUACGGGGUGAGAUGCACAAUGAUCCAAUUGAGCAACACGUUGACGGAGAUACACAACCUCUGGUCGAUGAGGAGAUUCAUGGUGACCUAGAAUUCGUAGAUCAAGUAGAGCCAACUUCAGAAUGGAACCAAAUGCGGGAUGACUUGGCUAACUCCAUGUGGAGUAAUGUGUGUUUUUAUGUGACUUUUCCAAAUUUAAUUUGGUUAAUUUUGCCUAGAAUUGUCAGAUUACAUCUGUUAUAUAAGCAGUAUCUUAUUGUGAGGUUAUUAUAAAUAAUUACAUAUUUUCUCAAUGUUUUUUGUUUUGUAGCGAGCCAAUGUCGACGGUAACUGAAGAAUUGGACAUGAUACCCGAGUGUCUUUGCGGCGGUGGCAGGAUGAAGUUGUUAUGUGCUGGGAAAGCGGCCACACACGCCGGUCGUUACUUUUAUAAAUGCCCAGCCGAUGAUAAACAUUCCGGGUCUUUCUUGUGGUGCGAUGACUACCAUUCUCGGAUAGGGGAUGGCAAGCAACCGACAUAUGUAAAGAGUCAACUUUAUCGGCCUAAUAAACAUAUGAAGUACAGGGAGGAAGCGAAAAAUAAAAACAUCAUCAAGCAGGGUAGUGAUUGUGGGGUCUGUGGCCGCUGUCGCGUUGAAGCUCGGGUGAACCUCUUGUUGGCUGGCUUGGGUUUAGUUUUAUUAUUGGUUGGAUUUGUGCUAGGGAAAAUGGUGUAGUUUGUUUAUGCAAAAUGUGCAACAAAGACUCCAACUUAUUAUGUAGUUUUCUAUUCAUGAAUUAUGCUGUUGCUAUGACAUUUGGUGAAUCACCUACAUGCACUUAUAUUUUGAAUUAAGUUGUUUGUAAUUUGUAUAUUAUGUCUUGGACGAAA